AUGACGUUGCGGGUCGAAGUACCCGGAGACAAGAUUGUGAGUGUGGAACAAUGCAAAUUCAACCAGCAACACGGCACCGAGAUCAAGAAAACGGAAAUGCAUUUAAGCAAAAGACUGAAACAAUUCAUUAAAGACUCUUGGGCGAUAAGAUCCAAAAUUACAGUGGAACCCUUUGUUAUUUGUUAUGUGUUGCCGAGUGUACUAGCGGGUUUAGCAGUUCAGAAUUUAUGCUUAGAAAAAGCAUGCCUCGUAAAUUUACAUUACGACGAGCGGACAUGUCGACACAUAAUGCAGGGUCGUACUGCCAAUUACACGGAGCAAGAAAAAAAUGUACAGACCACUGUAGCAUCGAUGACAGCCUGGAGCUACCCUCUACAAACUGCUUUACCUGGAAUAUUAGCACUCUUUGCCGGCGCUUGGAGCGAUCGCACUGGCAACCGGAAAGCGUUUAUGGUGCUACCAAUAUUAGGAAAACUGCUGUCAGCAAUCGGUAUUAUCUUGACUACGGUGUUCUUUCUUCAAGUUGGUGUUAAUGAGACCGCGCUUAUCGAAGGUCUCCCGCCAGCUCUUGCAGGCGGUCGCGUCGCUAUGACUAUGGCCGUAUACAGUUAUAUCACUGAUAUCACCAGCGAUUCUGAAAGGACUUUUCGGUUAGGAAUUAUAACUGCAAUUUUGACACUUAGCAGACCUAUAGGCCUUGCUCUCAGUGGUAUUAUGACUAGGCGGUUUGGUUACUACGGUGUAUUCAUGGUAGCGUGUGUAUUCUAUAUGUUCGGAUUCAUUUAUAUUCUCUUGAGAUUACAAGAGAAGACUAAAAAGAAAGUUAAGGGUGAGAAGACCCCGAGUAUUGUGUCAUUAAUCCCUGUGACUGACUUUAUGGCGACUGUGAAUGUGGCGUUCAAAAGCCGCCAAGGAUCGAAUCGACUUCAAAUAAUACUUAUCAUGUUUGCAUACAUGCUCAUCGUUGGACCGGUACUUGGUGAGGCGCAGAUGACGUACUGGUUUACGCGGUACAAGUUCAAAUUCACGGAGAUCGACUACAGCUUGUUCCUCACAUACUCCGUCCUUGUGGGUAGUAUCGGUUCCUUCAUAACUAUAUAUUUAUUCAGCAAGAGAUGGAAGAUAGAGGACAGCAUUAUCGGCGUAGUAGCGUGUCUAAGCAGGAUAGCUGCCAGCAUUGUAUAUGCUAUGGCGCCUUCUCGUACUGUAUACUUCCUGGGCCCGGUACUGGAUAUGUUUAGUAGUGCUGGAGCUACAUCCUUGCGGUCAAUAGCCACGAAGCUGGUGAACGAUGAUGAAGUCGGUAAAACGAGCUCUCUAAUCAGCAUAUCAGAAGCGAUGGUACCCGUUAUCUACUCGCCGGUGUACAGCAAGGUCUACCUCAAUACUUUGGCAACAAUGCCCGGUGCUUUCUACCUCAUUAGCGCCUCGCUUGCCGUUCCUGCCAUAGUUAUUAUAAUAGUGCUAUACAGCCUUCGAAGAAAAGAUGCGAAUGAUGCCGCCGCUCAGGAAGCCAAGUCCGAGGAGAACGAAGUUACUCGUUUUUGA